ACACAUUAUGCAAUGUUGAGACAUUAUUGAUAUUUCUGAAUUAAUACAAUUUUAGACCGAAGUCUCGAUCAGAUACUUAAAUUACAAUAAUCACAAACAUAUUGGCUGGCAUUAUCUGCCCUUAUGCAAGCUUUAUUUGCCAGCUUGCACACUGUCUGCAACGGUACCACACUUCAUUGUCUCGACCCAUUUCUUCACAUAUAGCGCACAAAUCAUUAUUUGAUGUACCCUGUAGUACCAAUUGAAGUGCGAAGUUUGUUUAAACUUGUCAUGUUAACAGAUUUUUUCAUAAUGGAUAGUAUGGAAGGAAAGGGGUGUGCAGUUAUAGCAUUAUUAGACGGGAAGAGAAAACCGUAUCAGAUUUUCAAAAUGCUGCAGCAUAAAGGAAUAUCAAAGGAUUUUGUCUAUCGUACUAUUAAGCGAUGUAAUGAUAGUGGUUCUGUCAAAAAACGUUAUGCCCUCAAGCGAUCACUUCUCAGAGAAUGGGAUGCUUUAUCCAUGGAUACCGUGCGUAAAUCAAUCGAGGAAUGGCGUCCAAGACUGGAGGCGUGCAUACGGGCAAAAGGGGGUUAUUUCGAGGACUCUCUUUAUAAAUGUGUACUUUAGCAUUUUAACUAAAACAUAACAUGCAUAUAAUAUGUAUAUAUUACAUUUGUUCUUGCAUUAAAAACAUGUUCUCUUAAAUUGUUUUACUGAAUUAAAAUUUCGCACUUCAAUUGGUACCACUAGGUAAUAACUCCACAAAUAUUUAAACAACUUUUAACGCAAUUAUCACUUCUUUCAACAAGAAUAUCAUCAGCCUUGUCAUUACUAUAUGUCAUUAAUGGAAACUUUAUAG